AUGAAUUGCUUAAGUUGGAACUGUCGGGGGCUUGGGAACCAACCGACAGUUCGUCAGUUUGAUUGGCUAAUCAAACAAAAGAAGCCCGAAUUAGUGUUCAUUAUGGAAUCUAAACUCAUGGAGACGGAAUGGACACCAAUUCUUCAGAAAAGUGGUUUUGAGAAUUUGUUUGUGAUUGAUUGUGAUAAUGAUGAUGGAGGCAGGAAAGGCGGUCUGGGACUUCUCUGGACUAGUGAGCUACAAGUGACUAUCAAAACUUCUUCACGGCAUCAUAUUUUAGCUUCGGUGGAUAAUCAGUGCAACUCGAUAUGGGAUUUCUGUGGUGUGUACGGGUGGAGCAGAACAGAGGAGCACCAUCAUACUUGGGAAUUAUUGCGCAAGAUUAGUUUGGAAAUAGGAGAUAAGUGGCUGUGUGGGGGGGACUUUAACGAGACUUUAUACCAUUUUGAGAAGAAAGGAGGCAACUUGAAAGCUGACUCGAGACUCUGUGCUUUCAGGGACGUGGUUGACAGUUGUGGCCUUCAAGAUUUGGGGUUUUCGGGCGAUCCUUUCACCUGGUCUAAUAAUCAGAGAGGAGAAGAUCACAUUACUGAAAGGCUGGACCGUUUCUUCGGCAAUGAAGCAUGGAUUGAGUGCUUCCCGGGCUAUGUUGUCACGCAUCUCACUAGAAAAUCAAGCGACCAUUGUCCGGUCCUUUUAUCCCUUGAUCGUGAUGAAGAGGAUGUUCGACCUCGUUCAAAGCCAUUCCGCUACGAAGCAAUGUGGCUAAAGGAUGAGAGAUGCAAGCCUUUUUGCAAUAACUUAUGGCAGCAAGGGGGCCUUUUGGAGUCGGCUACUGAUUUCAAGCAAAAAAUAGAGGAUAUGGGGGUCGAGCUCAAGCAAUGGGAAAAGAGGGAAUUUGGACACAUCAGAAAAAGGUGCAAAGAACUCAGAGAAGAGCUAGGGGAUCUCCAAAAACCUUCUAACGAUCCUUAUACAAAAGAUAAGCAGAGAUUGGUGGAAGCUGAACUAGAUGAUCUGCAUUCAAAGGAAGAGAUUAUGUGGAAACAAAGAUCCAGAGUGGACUGGCUGGUUGAUGGGGAUAGAAAUACAGGGUUUUUUCAUCGAGUUGCAGAAGGCAGGAAAAAACGCAAUCAUAUACGUGAGAUUUAG